UCUACUCAUUUGACUUCUGGACAAGUCUUCUUCACGAAGUGAACGUAGCAAUCAAUUCUUCUUUUUCAUCUCAUCAACUUAUCAUACUUGUGACUGUUUCUUUGUAGUGCGUCAUUUCUGGGGCAAGAGAGAGAGAGAGAAGCUCAGAAAGACCCUGACCUCAACCAUCCGAGCAAAAGCAUCACAGAUGAGUUACUACAUCGGCGUAGACGUUGGCACAGGCUCAGCACGCGCCUGCAUCAUUGACGAAGCCGGUGAAAUCCUCAGCAUUGCAUCGAAACCCACACAACUCUUUCGUUCAGGUCCUGACAUCUAUGAGCAAUCCACCGAGGAUAUCUGGUCUGCCAUUUGCGAAUGUACGCGUAGAAUCAUGCAAGAGUCGGGUGUAUCGCCUGAGCAUGUCAAGGGACUUGGAUUCGAUGCUACAUGCUCACUUGCCGUUUUGAACCGCAAAACGCAUGAACCCAUGUCUGUGCAAGGUCCUCAAUUCACAGACACAAAGCAUAGCGUCAUCCUAUGGGCUGAUCAUCGUGCUCGAGACCAAGCAGAUCGUAUCAACGCAACAGGCCACAACCUGCUACGCUAUGUCGGCGGUACCAUGUCGCUCGAGAUGGAAAUGCCUAAAAUCUUAUGGCUCAAGGAAAACAUGCCUGCUCAUUUAUUCUCGCAGUGCAAGUUUUACGAUUUGCCAGAUUACCUCACCUUCCAAGCAACAGGCAAUGAAGCACGUUCAAACUGCUCGAUUGUUUGUAAAAUGGGGUUCGUUCCAAUUGGCGUGGAUGAUUCAACGGAAGGUUGGUCGCGUGAUUUUUGCAAGCAGUUGGGUCUUGAGGCAUUCUUGGAGGAAGAUUUCGAAGCACUGGGUGGGAUUCCUGGCAGAAAUGGACGUGUCUUGUCGGCUGGCGAGCGUGUCGGUGGCUUGACUGAAAAGGCAGCCGAGCAAAUGGGUUUGAAGGCUGGAACACCCGUUGGUUCGGGUGUGAUUGAUGCAUACGCUGGUUGGGCAGGUACAGUGGGUGCUAAAGUCGACGCUGCAACACUGGAAGAUGGAUUCAAGCAGUUGGCGAUUGCAGAGGGUGAGUCUGCGAUUGAUGCUGCAUCACACAGACUUGCAGCGGUUGCUGGAACGAGUACCUGUCAUCUUGCCAUCUCCAAGAAUCCCGUCUUUGUGCCUGGUGUCUGGGGACCCUAUAAAGGUGCCAUGAUUCCCGAUUACUGGAUGGCAGAAGGUGGUCAAUCGGCAACAGGCUCACUGCUACACCACAUCAUCACCACGCACGGUGCAUCGAAAUUGGCAGAGGAAGAAGCCAAAAAGGCUGGGUAUGGGAUUUUUGAAUUUCUCAACAGACGCUUGGAGAGUAUUCGCGCAGAGGUGGAUGCACCGUCCAUCGCCUACCUCAUUCGGCAUACAUUCCUAUAUCCCGACUACCACGGCAAUCGAUCACCACUCGCAGAUCCAGAUAUGCGUGGUGUGAUUGUUGGGUUGGGUAUGGAUGCAGAUAUCGAUGCAUUGGCUACACACUACUAUGCUGCAUUAGAAGCAAUUGGCAUGCAAACUCGCCAUAUUGUGGAAGCACUCAAUGAACAAGGCCACACUAUCACGAGUAUCUUCAUGUCUGGUGGACAGUGCAAGAACCCACUGCUAAUGCAUCUCCUUGCUUCUUGUACAGGACUGCCUGUGGUGAUGCCAGAGUAUAUUGACGCAGCGGUCGUCUUGGGUUCUGCAUUCUUGGGCGUGCAAGCAUCGACGGGUGAGCCAUUGUGGGAUGUCAUGGCACGUAUGUCCAAGUCUGGUAAAGUCGUCUAUCCUUCAGAAGAUGCUGAUGAGAUGGCCUUGUUGGGUGUCAAGUACAAGGUGUUCUUGGACAUGGCUACCUCGCAGCGCAGGUAUAGAGCUGCUGUCGAUUCGCUUGAAUCUCAGGCAUAAACCUAGUACAGUUCCAGAAUAUAGAAUGAUGAUGUCUCGUAAGAACUCAACUCAUGACGUUGCAAGUGAUGCAAGAAGCGACAAGACGUCCACAAAGAAUGUUGAGCGUUCGCCUUCAUAUUGAGGAUCUUCCCAGAAUGCGUCGUUCAUGGGCAGAGUCAUGCCCAUAAGCAGAGAUCGUUUAUCUUCAGGAGCCUGACGACAGAGUAAUGCAGCCAUUUGCACAGCAAUCAGCUGGCUCAUCUCUGCACGAGCACCCGUACUGGCUCCUAAGACCGUCUUUUGCUCGAGAUGCGCAGGUGGUAGCAUACUUGAUUCCGUA